AUGAUUGGGGGCUGCAAUGACAUGUGGAACCCGCAAAUCGUCAAUGAUCGAAUCACCACUUCCGGCACGAAUCAGACUGAAGUGCCGUACGUUCCCUUACCGCUGAUACCAGAAGAGGGACAAGGUCCAGAUGUCCCAUCUGGCUCAAUGUUGGGACUCCCGGGGCGUGAUCUGGCAUACCCUGCGUACAACAUCAACAGCACUGUGGGCAAUCUCAGCGAUCAAGGUCUGCCAACGAACGUGUAUCACGAUGGUGGGUAUGCAGAGUACGAUACUCACAAUCUCUUCGGCGCCAUGAUGAGCUCAACUAGCCGAAAGGCCACGAUUUCGCGAAGUCCAGACAAGAGGCCGCUAGUAAUCACCCGCUCCUCCUACAUGGGCUCCUCCCGCGAAGUCGGGCACUGGUUCGGCGACAACAACGUCGACUGGCGCUCCUACCUCAUCUCGAUCUGGCAAAUGGCAUCCUUCUCCUCCUUCUUCCAGUUCCCCAUGGUCGGCUCCGACACCUGCGGCCACAACGCGAACGUCACCAUCGAGCUCUGCGCGCGUUGGGCCAUGCUCGGAGCCUGGAACCCUUGCUUCCGCAACCACAAAGUCGUCGGCGCUCAGCCGCAGGAGUUUUACCUGUGGCCUGAGGUCGCUGAUGCGGCGAGGAAGGCGAUUAGGAGGAGGUUGAUGCUUUUGGAUUAUUUGUAUACGGCGAUGUAUAGGCAGAGUGUGUGGGGUGUUCCGGUUGUUAGUCCGAUGUUCUUUAACUACCCGAAAGAUGAGGAGACUUUCGGGAUCGAGACGCAGUUCUUCUUUGGGGAUGAUAUUAUGGUAUCCCCCGUCACGGAGGAGGGGAAGAUGAGUGUGGAGGUCUACAUCCCCCGAUGA